AAAUGCAAAUUUAUAAAAUUAUAAAAAUUGUUCCACGAAAAUUUGUUGUAAUAUAUUUUAUAUAUAUAAGUUAAUUGAUAUUUUUUUUUGUAAACAGAAAAAUUAAAGUUAUAGAAAAUUUACUUAAGAUAAAUAUGAGAAAAGCUAUGUAAACUUUGUAUAGUAUAUGCAUAUAUAUGUAUAUAUUUUUUCUGAAAGAAUUUUCUCUUAGGUUAAAGAAAUGAUAUAUACAGAAUUGUAUAGACAAAUAUAUAUUAAAAUUUUUAUUUUUACGAUUUUCAAUAAUAUUUUAAAUAAUAUUUCAAUAUAAAGAUUUAAUAUUAUAAAGUAUUUAGGAAAUUAUAUAGUAUUUAAGAAAUAUUUACUAUGAAUCACUUCAAAUGUAUUUUAGAUAGGACUUCACAAUGUGAGUUAAGAAGAUUACAGUCUUCGUUGUCAAUAUCAAACUCCAAAAUUCAAAUACCUGCUAGAAUAAAACGUAAUUCUACUGAUAUUUUACAUGCUCUUGAAAGCACUCUACCUAAAGAUUCUAAUAUGCAUAUAAUAAAAAAUUUUAUGUAUCAUGAUGAUCCUUAUUUACUUCCAAUCAAAAAAUUGGAUUAUCGUCGUUUUGCAUUAUCAUAUGAAUCAGGUAGAAAAGCUGCAAUGUGGAUUCAUAGAGAACAUGGCGAUUUAUUUCCAAAACAUCUUUCAAAUCCAGAAAUUAAGGCAUUUAAACCAUUUCCAAAAUAUACUGAUAAAAAUCAAGUAUCAGAAGAAAUAUUAUUAAAUGUUAUAUCUCAAUGUAAAGUGUCUGAUGCUUUACAUAUCUAUAACUUAUUAGAUACUAAUGUUUCUAAUGGAACAAAACAAGCACUUUUAGAAUUAUUAUGUUUUUAUAAUUGUAAAGAAUAUGUAAUUAAGAAUUUGAUAUUUGAACAAUGGUUUACUUCAUCCAAAAAAAACUAUGUUUGGCAAUAUGAGAAUGAAAUUAAAGAAUUAUUUAAUUUCUUAAAAACUCAGGAUAAUUCAACAGCAGCAGCUGCUUAUAAUAUUAUGAUAUGUGGUUUAACAAAAUAUUUUAAAGUAAAUGAUGCUUGGAAAUUAUAUCAAGAAUGCAAAAAAAAAGAUAUUCCAUUUAAUCUUACUACUUGGAAUUAUGUAAUAAGAUUAUUUUCAAAAGUUUUUAAUAAAAAAAAAUUAAAUGAGGAAUAUAUAUUUGAGUUUCUUAUAUUAAUGAAUAAAAAUAAGGUUAAACCAAAUAUUCAAACAUUAAAUGCUAUUCUUAAAAUGGUUAUUGAAUUAAAAACAGAAAAUGUUAAAGAUAUUAUAAAACAUUUACUUUUAGAAUUCAAAAAUAUGAAUAUAAAAUUUUCAUUAGGAACAUAUUAUUAUAUUAUAAAAGGAUUUACAAGUUAUGAUACGUCCAAUUCACAAGAUAUUUUCAUACAAAUUCUACGUACAUUGAAAAAUAAAACAUUUACCAUUCAAGAUCCAAUGGAUAAUAAUUUUUUUAAAUUUUCUAUGUAUUUAGCUUCUCAGUAUAAUAAUAAAGAGGCUGGUAAUUUAAUCCAUGAACUUCUUCUUACAGGAGAUAAUUAUAAAUUUAUUUCUACAGUAGUAAUGGAAAGUGAUUAUUUUAAUUCAUAUUUAUUAUUAUUAUUAUCAACAAGCUCAAUUAAAGAAUUCUUUGAGGUUUACGAAAAAAUUGUUCCAAAUAUAUAUGUGCCAACAAAACAACUCUUAAUAAAUAUAAUAAAUGAAUUAAAAUCCUGUGAUUUAUACAUUUUAAAAUAUUUACCGAGAUUAUGGUCAGACAUAAAUACCUACAUUCAAAUGGAUUUAUCAAUAAAACUUAUUAUAAUACAUUUAAUGAAAAAGACUAUUUCAUCAACUAAUUCAUCAUGUUUAAGAACAACUUUUAUAAAUGCAGCAUUGGAUUGUUGGAAUGAAAUAAAGAAUCAAAUCAUCAGAGGAAAAACAAAUAAAACGAUUGAAACUAACAUGAUAACUGAUAUAUCAAUAUUGUUAUUACACGGUGAUUUUGUGAAAGAAAGCAUCGAAGUUUUGACAUUUAUUAAUAAAUCAGAUUUAUGUAUUUCAGUAAUGACUGAAAGACAAGUAAAUGAAUUAAUUGAUCUAUAUAUUUCAAAACAAUGUAUGAAAGGAUGUCUUCUCAUUGUUGAUUACCUUGUAAACUUAGGAUUUAGUAAUCAAGUCGAUGCAAUAAUUAGAAAAUUGCAGAAUCUUCCAAAAUUUACGAACGCUGAUCGUAAAAAAUUGAUUAAUUUAGUGGGAAAGCAAGUUUUACAUAUAUUGAAUGAAAAACAAUUAAAUUAAUCACGACUAUGUAUAAAAAGAGAAAAUAUUUAUAACAUUAUUUACUUAACAACAUAUUUUUUUUUUAUCUCUACAAUUAAGUCAAAAUACGAUUAUAUAAAACUUAUAAUAUUUAUUAUCAUUUCUCUAUUAAAUUUCUAUUGUAUGUAUAAAAAUUUCAAUCAAUUUGUCAUUCAAAGAAUUGAAAUUAUAUGCAUGAUUGGUAUGUAUUAAUGUCCUUGCCCCCCUAACUAGGGUACUUACGAUUAAUAAAUUAAUGUAUGUAUGCGAUA